AUGGCUUAUGAAGAGGAGAGGAAAGGAGAGCAGAGGAGAGAAGGGCAAAGAAGGAGAGUUGUAGGCGCUGCCCUGCUCACAGGAAGGAAUGCUAUCUAUUUGUCAGCAAAUAUCUUCACCAACAAACCUAAACCCUCAUUUGCUCUUUUACAUUUACACCCGCGAAAAAACCCAACCCACCCCAACGCCACCCAAACCCUGCCCAUAAAUAUCUCUCUCACGUGA